AUGGCGAACAGCGCAUCUCUCGUGCUGUCUAUGCUCGCACUGCAGUCAUUAGUUUCCAAUCACUUCGUCCUAUCACAGUUCCCUGUUGAAUGUUUAGCCGGACGACACCAGCCUCGCCAACAGAAAGUGCUGUCCAACCGUGAGGAUAUUAGAUAUACAAUUGGCACGUCUCCUUUUACACUCGUUUCUGUCUAUACAGCGUUGUCAUUCAAUGCCCAAAGAACCUGGGCAGCUAACAGAACGCCAACCAUACCACAUGAUGCACAAGUGGCAAAAAACUCGACAUUCCAAGACACGCCUUUGCUCUACCAGUACUACAUCGGACUUGGCGAAUCCAUAAACGUUCAGGGUCCGCUGCGACAUGAGACAACUGUGGAGAUCUUAGUGUCCAGCAAGAACAAUCUCACUCUCAACCGUGCACAGCUGGGCGUGAAGUACGAGUACGCCUUGCCACUGGAUGUGCGUGACACCCCCAAGUACAAGUGGGUGAUGGUCUAUACUCCCUGCUCAGUCACCUGCGGAACAGGCCUACAAAUGCGAAAGUAUGCUUGUGAAAGCAUUUCCACCCGGAUCAAAGAGGACAAUGCGAAAUGCCGAGGGAUCUGGCGCCCUUCCCGCAACACCGUACCGUGUACUCGCUCACCAUGCUCAGCGACGCCAGACUGCACACCUAUCAACGGAGGAUGGAGCACGCGGUCUGUUUAUACUGCCUGCUCACGUCCAUGUGGUGGUGGUGUGAAGUACCGCGAUCGCACUUGCAACAAUCCACGACCAAGUUGCGGAGGAGCGGAGUGCAUAGGACGAUCUCGGGAGUAUAUCAUGUGCAAUAAUCAGGAUUGUGACACCCGUGAGGAGUACAGCAGAGCGCGCCAGUGUAACCAGACGUUUGGAACCGACUCUGGACUUGUUCAUCCAUUCUAUGGCGGCAACCCAUCACAGCACUGCACUCAGCUACAAUGCUACCGAGGCGUGACGAAAGCCGUCCAGCAGCAGACAGUGCGAGUGGAGGACGGCACACCGUGCACACUCCACUCGAGAGAUCGCUGUGUCAGCGGCAGGUGUGAGAGAGUCGGUUGUGACAAUGUCUUCAACUCAACACUAGCCACAGACAAAUGUGGCAUCUGCGGCGGAGACAAUUCAACUUGUCGUCAAGUUACGGGUCUAUUUAAUACCAGAGGAUCGAGUUGGUACAUCUCCUUACCAGUCAAUACUGUCCGUGCCAAGAUUCAGAUGAGGCCAACCACCCAGCCCGUAUAUAUUAUUGCCAGAGACCCAGAUCAGGAGAACUCACAGGAGUUUGUGAUCGCUGUCCUAGACGUGGGUGUCAGCAGGGUGCGGUACAGCGAUGCAGAGCUUGUUCACUCGCGCUACUUUGGCAUCCCAGAGACCCUGGAAGUCAGUGGACAUUUGAAGCGUCCGCUGAGAGUGGAAAUUUACCGUGGUCGAGCUACCACCUUCCGACCCACAGCAACGUAUGACUACUCGGUUACUGCGCUGGAGUGGGGUCAAGACCUUGACCGUCCAGCCUGCCCGGUGACAUGUGGAAUAGGUGUUAAGACUGCAGUCGUGCAGUGCAUGGUGGGAACAAAGUCCGUCAGCAAUAGCCUCUGCAAAACCUUGAAGCUUUCCAAGCCUAGUUCUCUGAGACGCAAGCGCUGUCGUUCAGGAGCACCGUGUCCUAUCGUGUAUCGGUAUGAAUGGAAGCCAUACCCAUGGACUCAGUGGACACGCACUUGUGGAACUAUGGUCCGGCAGCGCCACAUUGUCUGCACACAAACUGCUACAACGGGACCAGACCGCGGCAGGGAAAGGGAAGUUCUUGAAGAGAAUUGUGAGAGUAAGCAAUUGCCUCAGCCGGAAACGGUAGAGUUACGACGGAUGCGCUGUCCCGUAUAUCGCUGGCACACAGGUGAUUGGAGAAGAUGCUCGCGCAGUUGUGGAGGAGGUGUGCAGACCCGUCGUGUGCGUUGUGUUGUUUCCAGAGGUGACACGCCCGGCCUCACACAGGUCAGUGGUAGCUUGUGUGAUGCCAAUCGUCUGCCGCCCAAUCAGCAAACCUGUUCCCGGCAAGCCUGCGUCGUAACGACUCCUGCUCCUCCACCAACCACCACACCAACCACCACUCCAACCACCACACCCACGACAACACCCACUACAACUCCAACCACUACACCCACCACCACGCCAACUACAACACCCACUACCACCCCGACUACCACACCAACCACAACGCCCACCACCACUCCUACAACAAUACCCACGACGACACCUACCAUUGCACCCACCAGUGAGCCGACGACCACAUCAAGACUCACAAUUCCUCCAUUGACCACCGACAUGCAGGUCAUCACUGACUUCCUAUCAACACCAUAUGAUCCUGUAAAAUCUCCGCAUCUUGUGGUGACUACCCCGGCUCCUGCAACCAGCACACAAGCACCGUUUCCAGCAGUACUGACUGACCAAGCACCGCAAGCCUUCCUCAAGAAAGAGCAUGUUGAUCAGUUGAAAGCUGCAUUACCACUACGAUGGGUUAUGGAGCCUUGGGGAGAGUGUAGUAUAUCAUGCCAUCAAGGUGACCAGCAUAGACGUGUCUAUUGCAUGCGACUCGGAUCUGAUCAUGAGGUUGCUCUCAUGUACAGGGAUGAAGAGUGCCUAGAACACUUGCUGAACGAAGUCAAGCCUCACACUCUCCGCACCUGCAACACUGACUGAGACUAUCUACAUGCCAUCGGUAGACAAUGCAAUGGCAUCCGCCUAUUCAAAGGCCAAGGUCACCUUGUGGCAAGUACUGAGUGUUGAGUUCAACUGGUGAUGGGGAUUAGUUUCUUGACUACCCAUGCCAUCAUGACUACCCAUGGCUUCAUGCUGUACAGGACGUAAACUAUAAUUAUCACCAAUACUAUAAUUAUGUAUACACAAUUGCCUACGGUAUUGGAUUUGAUUGAUUUGGUACCGAUGACGAGUGAACAAUGGAAAUAUCUUCUCGCCUCCCCCUCCCCCUGCCCUCCCCCUGUCCUCGCCUCUCUCUCUCUCUCUCUCUCUCUCUCUCUCUCUCUCUCUCUCUCUCUCUCUCUCUCUCUCUCUCUCUCUCUCUCUCUCUCUCUCUCUCUCUCUCUCUCUCUCUCUCUCUCUCUCUCUCUCUCUCUCUCUCUCUCUCUCUCUCUCUCUCUCUCUCUCUCUCUCUCUCUCUCUCUCUGUCUCUCUCUCUGUCUCUGUCUCUGUCUCUGUCUCUGUCUCUCUCUGUCUCUGUCUCUGUCUCUGUCUCUGUCUCUGUCUCUGUCUCUCUCUCUGUCUCUCUCUGUCUCUCUCUCUGUCUCUCUCUGUCUCUAUCUCCUUUUUCUCCUUUUCUCUUCUCCUUCUCUUUCUUACAUAGUCCUCUCUUGUCUUCCUCUUUGUCUGUCUCAAUUGCUAUGCUGCUUUCACUAUCUGCGCAUCAAAGUUAGCAAUUGAUGAGAGUUCCAGCCAAGCGGAUGAUGGUUCUGAUCCAUCAGUACACACAGCUAUGCUAAGCUAUAGUGUGCGACCCCAUGUACAUUUUCCCCUGGUGUCCCACCUCACUGCCUUUAGAGAGUGUUCCAAACACAGCAUAUCUGAAUACAGCGGCCAGCUGGCAAUGAAUAUUUUGCACUGUAUAAUACUACUUGAUACCAAUUUCCAAUUUCUUAUAAUUAUUUUCUGGCUUCUGCAACUCAAAGAUGUUGAACAUUGCAUACUCUGAUUAUAAACAUUGGCAGACUAAAAAUUAUGAUCACGUUGUAACUUGGUUGGCUGUGCGUGAAUGAAUGACCAUGUCAUCUGAAAUGAUUUGUCGUGGAGCCAAGUCGGGCGACUUUAUUGUUUCUCUUUC